AUGGCGGCCGCCGCGACGAUGGCGAACUCGGGCUCGGCGCGGAAGCGGCUGCUCAAAGAGGAAGACAUGACCAAAGUGGAAUUCGAGACGAGCGAGGAGGUGGACGUGACGCCCACGUUCGACACCAUGGGCCUGCGGGAGGACCUGCUGCGCGGCAUCUACGCCUACGGGUUUGAAAAGCCCUCGGCCAUCCAGCAGCGCGCCAUCAAGCAGAUCAUUAAAGGGAGAGACGUCAUCGCUCAGUCUCAGUCUGGCACAGGCAAAACUGCCACCUUCAGCAUUUCCGUCCUCCAGUGUCUGGACAUCCAGGUCCGCGAGACGCAGGCUCUGAUCCUGGCCCCCACCAGAGAGCUGGCUGUGCAGAUCCAGAAGGGCCUGCUCGCGCUCGGCGACUACAUGAACGUGCAGUGCCACGCCUGCAUCGGGGGCACCAACGUCGGGGAGGACAUCCGGAAGCUGGACUACGGGCAGCACGUGGUGGCCGGCACGCCGGGGCGUGUGUUUGACAUGAUUCGUCGCAGGAGUCUGAGGACACGGGCUAUCAAGAUGCUGGUUUUGGAUGAGGCGGAUGAAAUGUUGAACAAAGGUUUCAAAGAGCAGAUUUACGACGUGUACAGGUACCUGCCCCCGGCCACGCAGGUGGUGCUCAUCAGCGCCACGCUGCCCCACGAGAUCCUGGAGAUGACCAACAAGUUCAUGACGGACCCCAUCCGCAUCCUGGUGAAGCGUGACGAGUUGACCCUGGAAGGCAUCAAGCAGUUUUUCGUGGCGGUGGAAAGAGAAGAGUGGAAGUUUGACACGCUGUGCGACCUCUACGACACACUGACCAUCACGCAGGCCGUCAUCUUCUGCAACACCAAGAGGAAGGUUGACUGGCUGACGGAGAAGAUGAGAGAAGCCAACUUCACGGUGUCGUCGAUGCACGGGGACAUGCCGCAGAAGGAGCGCGAGUCCAUCAUGAAGGAGUUCCGGUCCGGCGCCAGCCGGGUGCUCAUCUCCACCGACGUCUGGGCCCGGGGCCUGGACGUCCCUCAGGUGUCCCUGAUCAUCAACUACGACCUGCCCAACAACAGAGAGCUCUACAUCCACAGAAUCGGGCGGUCGGGGCGGUACGGCCGGAAGGGCGUGGCCAUCAACUUCGUGAAGAACGACGACAUCCGCAUCCUGCGGGACAUCGAGCAGUACUACUCCACGCAGAUCGACGAGAUGCCCAUGAACGUUGCCGAUCUGAUCUGA